AUGUCCGUCUCCGCAUAUACCGACACCAUCAUGCUCUUCGGCGACUCGCUUACCCAGGCGUUGUCGGCUGGCUCGUUCUCCCAGAGGAUGUCAGAGUGGUAUCUCAGGAGAGCUGACGUCGUAAAUAGAGGUUUUGGAGGGUAUACUUCGGAAUGGGCUAUUUCUGUGUUUGAACAAGUAUACGCCACACAGGAAGAGAGGAAACAAGGCAAAGCUCAGAAUGUCAAACUGAUCACCAUCUGGCUCGGCGCCAACGACGCUUGCCUCCCCGGCACUCCUCAACACGUCCCCGUCGACAAAUACAAGGCCAACCUUGUCCAUCUUCUCAGCCUUCUCACCUCUGCUGCGUCUCCUUACUAUUCGCCUGAAACAAAGAUCAUCCUCAUCACUCCUCCACCUGUGUGCACUUCCAAGUGGCUCACAAGCCGGAUCUCGAAAUGGGAGUUCUUUGGCAAGGAGGGAGAGAAGCCGGACCAGAAUAGGGAUCAGGCUGUGGCAAAGACGUACGCGGAGGGGUGUUUGGCAGUGGCCAAGGAGCAAGGAGUUGAGGUUGUGGAUCUCUGGGGGGCUAUCGUGAAGGCUGCAGGUGGUGAAGGCGACGCAGAGCUCGACUCUUACUUAUAUGACGGCGUCCACCUCACGCCUCCCGCAUAUGCUGUUCUCUUCGAGGAAGUGAAGAAAGUCAUUGUGACUAAGUUCCCUGAGCUCAACCCCGAGACCAUGCCCAUGAGGAUGCCUCACUGGGCGGAUAUUGAUCCUGAGAACCCUCGACCUGCUUUUGAAAAGGUCAAGAAGGGGCGUUUGCAAGGCGAGCUUUAA